AAAUAUCUCAAAAGUUGGUCUAUAUAAUGUGAGAUACAUGAAGCCCGAAGGAGAGAGUAAAGAAGAAACACAAACUUUUGAAACUUUUUAAUAAUUUUUCUCAGAAACUUCAAAGAGCUUAAAAAUGGGAACAGCUACUUUCAUCGAUAUUCUUCUCGCUAUCCUCUUGCCUCCUCUUGGGGUCUUUCUCAGAUUUGGUUGCGGGGUUGAGUUUUGGAUAUGUUUGGUUUUGACGCUGUUUGGGUAUCUUCCUGGGAUCCUCUACGCCCUUUAUGUCCUCACCAAAUGAUUUACCACCUAUCCUCUCCUCUUUUCUCUUUAUCUCCUUGAACAGCUGUUUCGACGUGCUCUCCUCCCUUUGUGUGACUGAUUCAUCGUUUCUUUCGUCAGGGUUUUAUGAUUCCAGUAAUUUGUCAUCAUUGUUAUGUUUCCGUUGUUAUAAAAUUUCUGUUGAUAUAAAGAAGAGAUCAUUUGGUUUUGUGUGACGAGCUUGCUUAUUC